UAUGUGGGAUUUGUCUUUUCGCGAGAGUGUUAAUUCUGUCAUAUCAAUAACAAUAUGUUAUUUCAAUUCAUUUUCCUUGUCUGGCUUUUGGUUAAAGUAGCAAUUCUGUUACUGUAGGAAUGGCAACUUGUGAUUCGAAGUCAUUUAAUUUCCACAAAGGAAAAGAAAAGGAGCGAAGCUUCGACCGAAGAAUUCAUAUCAACAUCAACCUAGCCAUUUCCUGGAAAAUUUAUUGAGAUUCAGGCAUACAUCAUUUCGAUUUUGAGGUUGAUCAAGGCUAGAAAUAAUUUUUAAAACUCCUUUGCAUAUAAUCUGCUUAAAAAAUUGUGGGCGGAUAGAAACCAAUAAGUUUUAGUGUUCCUCCACAAUGAAUUCCAGUUGGGUGUCACUUCUGGUACUUGGUUUCAUCUUUAUGAUGAUUUUUCUUAAUUGGACAUGCCUCUGCUUAACACAAAAUGGAGAUAGACCUGCAACUGUGAAUUUGGGGGCCCUUGCGGCUUAUAAUAGCACAAUUGGAAGAGUGGCUAAGAAGGCCAUUGAGUUGGCAUUGGAAGAUGUGAAUAAUGACAAAACUCUGCUCAAUAGAACUCGACUUGUGCUUACCAUGAUGGACUCCAAUUGCAGUGCUUUCAUUGGUACUUCAGCAGCUCUAGAGUUGUCAAAAAAGGAUGUCAUGGCAGUAAUAGGACCACAAUCCUCAGUGAUUGCUCAUGUUAUCUCACACAUAGCAAGUGCACUUCAAGUACCACUUUUAUCAUUUGGAGCAACCGAUCCAAGUCUCUCUUCGCUGCAGUAUCCUUAUUUUCUUCGCUUGACACAUAGUGAUUUCUCUGAGAUGACAGCGAUUGCUGCUGUAAUUAGAAACUUCAACUGGAAAGAGGUUAUUGCAGUUUACGUAGAUGAUGACUAUGGGAGAAAUGGAAUAAGUGCACUGGGUGAUGCACUUGUGAAUGUAGCUGAUAUUGUUCAUAAAUAUCGAAUGCCUCCAACAAUCACUAGGAGUGACUUGGGUAGUAACUUAAAAGAUUUGUCUUUGAUGACAACUCGAGUUUUUGUUGUUCAUAUGAAUCCAGAUGCUGGUUUGAAACUUUUAACUGAAGUACACCAACUUGGAAUGUUGAGUAGUGGCUAUGUGUGGAUAGCCACAGAUUGGCUAUCCACUGCUCUGGAUUCCCUUGCACUUGAUUUAGAUGCAAUAAAGUCAUUGCAAGGGGUCAUUACUGUGCGGCGGCAUAUUCCAGAUUCGUAUGAGCUACAUGCUUUUUCAGCAAGAUGGAACAAUCUGCAGAAAUCUGGAGCUGUUGAUGCAGGCUUGAAUGUUUUUGGCUUAUAUGCUUAUGAUACAGUAUGGGCAGUUGCUCAUGCUAUUGAUACUUUUUUGGAGAGAAGGGGAAAUAUUUCUUUUACAAAUUAUCCUCAGCUAUCUGCAGCAAGUGGAAGUGAAUCAGAGGUAGCAGAACUUAAAGUCUUUGAUGGAGGUCCACAGCUACGCAGAUCAUUAUUACAAACUAACAUUAUGGGCUUAACUGGUCGAAUUCAACUGGAUGCAAGAGGUGACUUGUAUGGUCCUGAUUUUGAGAUAAUCAAUAUAGUUGGAACAGGGUUCCACAAGGUGAGCUACUGGUCAAAUAUAUCUGGCUUAUCUAUUAUUCCUCCCGAGAGUCGAACUGUAAGUUCAAACAACAAAUCUAGUUUGAAGAAAAAAGUCAAUGAUCUUAUAUGGCCCGGUUAUAGCAAUCAAGUGCCCCGAGGGUGGACAGUCCCAAGCAAUGGCAGGCGAUUUAGGAUUUUGAUUCCUUGGAAAAAGGGAGAAUUUAAGAAGCUUGUAGAAGUAGAAGGUUCCAAUGUGGCAAAUGGUUAUUGCAUUGAAGUGUUUACUGCUGCAGUAAAUAUGUUAUCUUAUCCUUUUCCUCAUGAAUUUGUAGUUUAUGGAAGUGACGAAUCACCUCCCAUUUACAAUGAGCUUGUGGAACAGGUUGCUUUGAAGAAAUUUGAUGCAGCAGUUGGGGACAUUACAAUUUUGAAAAACAGGUCAAAGGAUGUGGACUUCACUCAACCAUACGUGGAGGCUGGUCUGGUUGUGGUUGUUCCAGUCAAAAAGAUAAAUUCAAAUCCUUGGGCUUUCUUGAAGCCAUUUACACCAGAGAUGUGGCUUACAACUGCUGCAUUCUUUCUUGUCAUAGGAGCUGUUGUGUGGAUCUUGGAACACAAACUAAACUCAGAGUUCCGUGGGGAACCACAGAAGCAAAUUGUUACCAUCUUUUGGUUCUCCUUCUCUACAAUGUUUUUUGUGCAUAACUAUAAAUCUGAGGCAAAACAAUUGGGGAUUGAUGCAGGAGAACAAAUUGUGAGCAGCCUUGCACGGAUGGUUUUACUUAUAUGGUUAUUUGUAGUUCUAAUCAUCAAUUCAAGUUAUACUGCAAGUUUGACCUCAAUCUUUACUGUGCAACAGCUAACACCCACAAUUAAAGGAAUUGAUGAUUUGAUAUCAAGCAAUCUCCCAAUUGGUUAUCUAACAGGGUCCUUUGUUAGAAAUUAUUUGUCAGGGGAGCUUAAUAUAGCCCAAUCCAGGCUAAUCCCUCUUGAUUCUCCUGAAAAAUAUGCUAAAGCACUCUCUGAUGGGAUUCACAAUGGAGGUGUGGGAGCAAUUGUAGACGAGUUUCCGGCUAUAGAACUCUUUUUAUCAAACCGGUGUGGUUUUGGUAUUGCUGGUCAGCCAUUCACCAAAGGUGGAUGGGGAUUUGCUUUCCAAAAGGGCUCCCCACUACAACUUGACAUAUCAACAGCAUUACUGAAUCUUUCAGAGACAGGGGAACUUCAGCGAAUCCAUAAUAAGUGGCUGGGUAUAAGCAAGUGCAAUUCACAUAUCAAUCAAGAUGGACCAAACAAACUUCGUCUGACAAGCUUUUGGGGCAUUUUCUUGGUCAGUGGAGUGGCAGCCAUGGCUGCCCUUCUUGUAUUUGUAUAUCGUUUGGCUCUUCAAUUCCGGCAUCAUCCAAGAUCAUCUGAUGAUUCUCUGCACAGUGGAAGUGUUCUGAGAAAUUUUGCUUCUUUUGUGGACCAGAAGGAGAUUGAUCGAAAAAGUGAAGGGUCCUCUAAGAGGCGACGGACUGAAGAGGAGGGAGAAAUAAACCAGACAACAAGAGAAUAGACUUUAUGACACUGUUCUAGUGAAUACAAAUCUGUUGAAAUUGAAGUAAUUAUACUUCUCCCUUUGCAGAUGGAAAGUCCACCUUGACGUGAACUGCAGUUCAAUUAAAAUGACAGAUCCAAUCAAUGCCAACACUAGGAUCAAAAUUAUUUCUAAAGUGAUAUUUGUUCACCAAUUGAUACCAAAGGUAAAAAGUUGAAUCUUUUAAAUUAUCUACCUCCUGGCUUCCUGCCACGAGUAUAUCCACUUUACUCUUCACUGUUGGUUAGAUAUAAAUUGGUUUGUCACAAAUCCAAGCACAAUUCAACCUCUUUGUCUAAGAACUGCAACUGAAGUUUCUUUGCUUACUGGCCUCGUCUAUAUUCAAAGAGGAUUAAAUAAUUUUUUUGAUACAAAUCUUCACUGGAAAUGGUCGGAGUCAGCAUGAUACAAACGCUAAUUGUCAUUGGAUUUGUAUAGAUCAGUCUUUAUACGAAAAAUUUAAGCUUUUUCCUUA